AUGACUUCCGACAAGACCAAGGCUCAAGGCCCCUCCACCGCCAGCCCGGCGUGCGACAAGGGCCCCAAAGCUGACACUCCCACCAUCGCCAGCGUGAAGCCCGCGGGUGACAAGAAGCACUCCACUGCCACGUCUGCGGCCAAUUCCAGCGGUCACGUCACUGUUGAGGAUGCUGCUGUCUCUCCCACAGCUGGUCCUUCCUCUCAUCCUGAGCAGAAGCUCGACGGCACUGCUUCUGCAGCCAAGCCCGGCUCGUCCAGCCCGGCUCCCAUUGUCUACCUCAACCGCAACAGCACCUCCGACGAGGCUAACAGCCGUGUCGUCGUCUCUUCCGACUCCGCCUCUGACCCCACGCGCGACAAGGGCAAGGGCAAAGCCAAGGCGGUCCAGGAGCCCAUCGGCACUCGUGGCGACAACUUCAGCCCCACUCGUCCGCCCGUGUGGUUCACCACUGACGUCGGCCCCGGUUCCGAGGCUCCUGGCGGUCACUACCUGAAGCUUUUCAACCUGCACAAGGGUCAGCUUUCUGGGACUCUCAAGGCUCUCUACGACAAUUACAACUGGGGCAACAAGCUCCGCGGGGUGCAUUGCCCAACGUCAGAGGGCACUCAGUCCGAGAUCUUCUUGAACUUCAAUGACAUUGCCGAUGCCGACCGUGCCAUUCACGAGGUCGAGGUGGUCGAUCCCACUCUGCAAAUCAAGUACAUUUGCCAGACCGAGUACGCGGCCAUCAAGAGAAACAGCGCGAACGGGAGCGGAGAGGCCACCUCGUUCCACGACGGGCAGGUCCUCUUCUUCUGUGAGUUCACCGGGCCAAGCAGCGAGUUCUAUGUCGGAGACCUCGAGGAGAACGUUCGCGCAGUCGCCACUUCAUACGGCACUGUCGUUGCCUUUACGGAGUGGGAGAAGGACAAUGGCAAGCAUCAGUUCCGCGUGGAGUACGCCACGAUCAGCGCAGCCAAGGACGCGAUCACCACAAUGGAGGCGCGUAAGGUUCCCUUGAUUAUGGAUCGAUGGACCAUCGAAUCCAAGGAGUUGCCGGACUGGUCCGUCACCGCGAUGCCCCAGAGCAAUGUCCACUACCUGGAGAGCAGCGUGUACGCCAACGGCGCCGUCACUCCGCCGCAGACUCUUCCGAACGGCACUCAGAUCCAGUACACGAGUCCGACCGGCCGCACCGCGUGGACGCUCGACAGCAAUGGCAACCGCGUGCCCGUGCCGGCUCCGAAGCAGCUGCCAAAGUCCCACGGAGCCUCAAAUGCUCCGGGUGCAUCGACAGGAAUGGUUCGCGUGCAAUCGGAGCCGUUCGCAUACGCUACUCCCCCCUACUUCACCAGUCAAGACCCUCGUGCCGCUUCGAUGUGGGCCAAUCCUGCCUUUGUGGCCGCUUCGCCGACCGGCUUGUUCUACCACUCGGGUCCCAAGUUCACGACCGACGGGCCGAACAAGAUCUACCCCCAGAAGAUCAUCGAAGGCACCGACGUGCGCACCUCCAUCAUGCUGCGUAACCUGCCGAACGAGAUGACGUCGCAGGAGCUCAAGCAGCUGCUGGACCAGGUGCUUUACGGCAAGUACGACUUCUUGUACCUCCGCAUCGACUUCAACAACAAUAAGAACGUUGGCUAUGCCUUCCUCAACCUCGUCGACCCCAUGGACAUUGUCGGCUUCUACGAGCAUCAGUACAACAAGCCGUGGGUGCAGGCUCCAGCGGGAUCCGGCCGUCGUCGUUUCCGUCCUCGCAUCGCAGACCUUGCCUACGGUACUAUCCAGGGCCUGGACUGCCUGAUCGAGAAGAUGCGUAACUCGUCGGUGAUGGAUGAGAACCGGGACUACCGUCCCAAGCUGCUGUGGACCACCGCGUCUGCCCCUACGCCAUCCAUGGUGGGCCAGGAGAAGGACUUCCCCCCCGUCAACAACCCGUCCAAGAAGCAGCGUAGCCGCGACAAUGCGGGCCAGAUCGGCUUGUACGCGUCGGGCAGCCGUGGCAAGCGCAACGGCAUGUCCAACGGCGCUCACCAGUCGCAGUUCGACCGUGGCACGACGGCGCAGCUGCAAGAGGAGGCCUACUUCAAUCAGAUGUCGCCGAUGCAGAACGGUGGUGCUCAGCAGAUGUCACCCAUGCAGAACGGUGGUGCUCAUCACAUGUCGCCCAUGCACAACGGCGUGGCUCACCACAUGACGCCCAUGCGCAACGGCAUCCCUCCUCACAUGUCGGCCAUGCACAACGGUGCCGGCUCUCACAUGUCGCCCGUGAACUUCUUCCACCACGGCCACAUGGCUGCUGGAGCUGGCAUGACUCCGCCGUCGCAAUUCCACGUCAACCAAUACGGCAGCCCGUAUGGCAACGGCGUGCCGGUGAUGGAUCCGAUGUCUCACGGCCGUCUUCCCAAGCACUCUGCAGUCAACAACGGCAAUGGCUUCGGGCACGCUGGCCAAGGAUCGGCAUACCAUUCGAUGAACGGAUCGCAGCAAGUCUACGUCGCUCCGCAUAGGCGCUUCAGCACGAAACAGACGCAGGAUCCGUCGAUGAAUGGUCCGCAGUACGCCUACUACCCCGGUCCUGGCCAUUACAGCGUUCCCAGAGCCAUCUCGGAGGAGAUGCAGGGGUUGGGCAACGGGGCCAACGGCUACUACGACGGCUCCUCUGGUCAGCAGUACCCUGGCGUGUCUCACUAG